GGACAUGCUUUAUCAUGAAGUGAACAUCGCGCCGCCGGAUUCGCUGAACAUAGACUGAUUUCUUGUCACGGAGUCGCCAAAAAUGGACGUGUUGGCGUCCCUCUACACGUUCGGCCAGAUUUUGUGGGCUAUCAUUUUAGGAGCAAUCAUCAUAGCAAUUUUGCGAGCCACCAAGCGGGGAGACGACGACUCGCAGUCGCAGCCCGCAACCAGCAAGCAUGCGCGCAAACCGCAGGCGCAUGCCAGCGCGGACGAAGCUGCCACCUCUGCUACAGAAUUAGAUGCCGUAACGUCGUCCGGCGGCGAUGGAGGCGCGGCCAGCAGCUCCAGCCGCAGCGUCCCUACGGCGCCCGACGUUGCGCCCACUGCGGCUGCCGCCAGCGCUGCUGCCGCCGGGGCGGUGGCCGCAGCAGCAGCGCCAGUGGCAUUGCAGACGCCCAAGGCAGCGAACUCUGAGGCUGCAGCCCUUCCUGUCGCCGCUACGGCCCCUCCGCCUCCGCCGCCCGCGGUGGUUGCCCCUGUGACGGCAGCGCCGGCGGCGUCCGCACCCCAGCCGGCAGUAGCGCCAACCGCAGCAGCUGCGACCCCGGCAGUACCGGCGGCUCCUGCAACAGCUGCGCCAGCGCCUGCUGCUGCCGCUGCCGUGCCUGCCGCCGCCACCACCACCGUAGCUGCGGCGCCGCCAGUGAAGAUUGUUUACGGCAGCACGCGCGGCAACUGCAAAGCUCUGGCGGAGGCCCUGGCAGAGCGCCUGCUUGCAGCCGCCGCCGCCGCCCCUGCCACCGCUGCCACCAGCGCCAACGCCUGCUGUGGCGGUGGCGGCGCCGCUGCCGCGGCCGCCUCCAGCGGCGCCGACGCUGGCGGCUGCUGCCGCCAGGACACUGGCGGCGAAGCCGCCGCUGCACCGUCCGCCGGCGACUGCUGCCGCCAGCAACCCGCCUCCUCCUCCCCUGCACCAGCACCCGCACCAGCAACGGCAGUAGCGGCAGCAGCUCCCUUCAGCUCCGUCACGGUCAUUGACGCGGCCGCCUACGAGCCGGAGCAGCUGCUGACGGAGCCGCGCGACACACUGGUGGUUCUGGUGGUCAGCACCUACGAGGGGGGCACGCCGCCACCCUCCGCCGGCUUCUUCUGCAGCUGGCUGGAGGACGCAGCCUCCGACUUCCGGCUGGGCGCGGGCGCACUGGGCGGCCUGCGCACCGCGGUGUGGGGCGCCGGCAACAGUCUGUACGGCGCCCACUACAACGCCGUGGCGCGGCGGCUGGAGGCGCAGCUGCUGGACCUGGGGGCGAGGAGGUUCCGGCCGCUGGGCCUGGGUGACGAGGACGCGGGCGACCUCCGCACGCAGUUCGCGACCUGGGCGGAGGCGCUGGUCGCCAAGCUGGUGCCGCAGGAGGCGGCGGCGGCGGCGGCGGCAGCUGGCGGCAAGGCCGAAGAGGCGGCGGAGGAGGCGGGCGAGGGCGAGGAGGAGGAGGAGGACGACGCGUUUGAAUACGAGGACGAGGACGAUGAGGGCGCGGGAUCCGAGGUGGAUAUCGAGGACAUUGGCGGCGCCGGGCCCCGCCGCGGCAAGAAAGGCGCGGCGGCGGCGGCAGCAGCCAAUGGCGGCGGCGGCGGCGGCGGCGCUGACGGCGGACCCCCGGAGAUGCUGAACGCGCUGAUCCGUGGCAGCCUCACAAAGCAGGGCUACAAGAUCAUUGGCAGCCACAGUGGCGUCAAGAUGUGCCGGUGGACCAAGAGCAUGCUGCGAGGCCGCGGCGGCUGCUACAAGCACGCCUUCUACGGCAUUGAGAGCCACCGCUGCAUGGAGGCCACGCCCAGCUUGGCCUGCGCCAACAAGUGUGUGUUCUGCUGGCGCCACCACAGCAACCCAGUGGGCAAGACGUGGAAGUGGAAGAUGGACCCGCCGGAUGUGAUUGUGGACACUGCGCUGGACCUGCACUGCCGCAUGGUGCGGGAGUACUCGGGCGUGCCGGGCGUGAAGCCCGAGGCGGUGGCUGCGGGCCUGGCGCCGCGUCACUGCGCGCUGUCGCUGGUGGGGGAGCCCAUCAUGUACCCCGAGAUAAACGCGCUGGUGGGCCGCCUGCACGCCCGAGGGCUGUCCACAUUCCUGGUGACCAACGCGCAGUUCCCGGACCGCAUCCAGCAGCUGUCGCCUGUGACGCAGCUGUACGUGUCGGUUGACGCCGCCACGCCCGCCUCGCUCAAGGCCGUGGACCGGCCGCUGUUCGCGGACUAUUGGGAGCGCUUCACCGCCUGCCUCACAGCGCUGAGGGACAAGCGGCAGCGCACCGUGUACCGGCUGACUCUGGUCAAGGGCUGGAACAUGGAGGAGGUGGCCGACUACGCCCGACUGGUGGACCUGGGCAGGCCCGACUUCAUCGAGAUCAAGGGCGUCACCUACUGCGGCAGCGGCGGCGCCUCCAGCCUCACCAUGGCCAAUGUGCCCUACCACGCAGAUGUGGUGGCGUUCGGUGAGGCCAUCUGCCAGGCGCGCGGAGGCGAGUACGGCCUGGCCUGCGAGCACGCGCACUCGUGCUGUAUCCUGCUGGCGCGUGUGGACAAGUUCAAAGUGGGCGGCGCCUGGCACACCUGGAUCGACUACGACCGGUUCCAGCAGCUGGCGGCGGAGGGCGGCGACUUCGGCGCUGAGGACUACAUGUUGCCCACACCCCCCUGGGCCGCAUUCGGGUCGGAGGCGGCGGGCUUCGACCCGGGCCAGGUGCGUGUGAAGAAGGUGCGCCGCCACCCGGGUCGCACCGGCACCGACAGCGAGAGCGUGGCGGGGCCGGAGGACGUGGGGCUGGAGGAGGAGCCGUGAGCGGCGUGUGUGAGCAGCCGUGGGGAUGACGGGGGGCGGUGGAGGAGGUGUAGGAGGGAGGAGUGUGGCGGGGGUCGCCUGCUGUGUGGGCGGGCAGGAGGAACGGGCGGAGGCGUGUGCGAGGGCACUGUACGCGAAUCAUGGAGGGGGGCUCGAGGCGGGCGAUGCACGAGGGGGCGCGGGGGGUGAGGGGGGCAAGUAGGCUGUUGCAGUAGACUGGUCGGAGUCUGGAGGUGCCGGAGGUCUGCCGGUGCAAGGGCCGAGGGGUCGGCCUGGUGGUGCGAUGCUAGCAUGAGUUUGGUGUGGGGUUGCGCGGGCAGGCAGGUAGUGAGUGCGGGCUAGCCAGCUGGCACGCAUGGCACGUUGGGCGUGCGUUGGUACGAUGCGAUGUGACAGGUGACUGAUAUGAGAUGCCAGCCAGCGUGUGCAGGGGAGGGCCGGGGGGGGGGGGGGAGGGGAGGGGAGGAGGGGGAGCGGGGCGGGUUUGCUCCUUGACGGACUUCAGGGCGAUGGGGCCUGGGCUGCCGAGACUCGCCGUGAGGCGCUCAUCACUCUGCAGGCAGCACUGUUGCUCUAUGCACGGUAGUUAUGCUAUAUUACCACAAGGCUA